AUGGUUCCAACGAAUUCUUCGACUUGUGCACUCCCGGAGGCCGAAUUUUUCGCCGACAUCGCCCUGUCGCCGCUGGAGGCCGCAGAGGUGAAGAUCCAAUAUGCGCCAAGCUAUUCCCAAGAUGAUGGUCUGGUCCUACUCCACACCACGUGCCGUUUGCAUCUAAAGCGAGUAGCUGGUUGUUGCAUUCGCUGUUGGUUACACUUCCUGUUCUGCGCCGUUGUGUCUGACCCAGCUCAUAUUGACGUGUCUAAGCUGAACCAGGCCAAGGGAUUCAGUGCCAUCGAUGUAGCCAAGACGCUAGAAUUCAUGGGCACAUGGCCCAGUCUGAAACCCCGCAUCAUCAUCGAUACACUGACCGUCCUACAGUGGUUUAUAUACGACGCAGUCAAGGUCGCCCGGAAUAUACCCCGGACAUCACAAAAAUGCCAGAAUCGCUGAAAA